ACACAUGCACUCACACACAUACUCUCUGACUGGCUUCCUAAACCCACCCCGCUAUCACCGCUCAGGGCUUUGCAGGCACUGCCUCUGGGGCUGGGAGAUACACACACACCACACACACGAGCAUGCAGGGGACUAGCACACUCUCAGCUAGACCCCGACAGCGCAGCAGCUAGACCCAGCAAGGACAACCGGCUGGAUUGGCUCUAAUACUGCCAAGCCGGAGGCAGAAGGAGGGGAGGACAGGCGACUGCAGGCAGGGGAGCAGGCGCUGGGCUCCUGGGGCUUCUUGUUGUUAUUGCUCGCGGCUUGUUUUUCGGGCUGGAAAGCCAUGCGGGAUUCCUGGAAGAGGCUCCGGUAGCUCCAGCUGGAGGGAGCCCGUGACCCACGGCCUGGCAUAAGAGUCCAAAGGGAUGUGGAGACACAGAACUGCUGGACGCUGUGAAUGACCCCGGCCUUCCAGCAGCCAGCUGAAUGGAAAGGCUACAGAAGCAACCCUUGACCUCCCCGGGGAGCGUCUGCUCCUCCCGUGGGUCCAGCGUCCCAGGAUCACCCUCCAGCAUCGUGGCCAGAAUGGAUAAUGAGGUGCUGGGCUACAAGGACCUGGCAGCCAUCCCCAAGGACAAGGCCAUCCUGGACAUCGAGCGCCCCGACCUCAUGAUUUACGAGCCUCACUUCACCUACUCCCUCAUGGAGCACGUGGAGCUGCCCCGGAGCCGCGAGCGGUCCCUGUCGCCCAAGUCCAUCUCUCCUCCUCCUUCUCCAGAGGUCAUCCGGGACUGGAUGGAGAACAAGUCUCCAGGAAGUGCCUCCCAGGCAGCUAGUCGCCGGACUAGCAGCAUGGCCCGGGCUGGAGUGCACCACUUCCACCGGCCUGAGAUGGACAAGAUGGAGCUGAACAUCUACAAGAAGCCCCCCAUCUACAAGCAGAAAGAGCACCCGGCGGGAGCCCAGCAUGGCAAGCACAUGAUUGAAGACCAGAUCAUCGAGUCCUCCAAGUUCCCAGCAGCCCAACCCCCCGACCCCAACCAGCCGGCCAAAAUCGAGACGGACUACUGGCCCUGCCCUCCCUCCCUGGCAGUCGUAGAGACAGAGUGGAGACGGCGGAUGGCCUCCAAGAAGGGUGAGGAAGAGGACGAGGACCUCACGGAGGAGAUGAAGAACCUGCGCGAGCUCCAAAAGCAGGAGCUGAGUAAGGUCACCUCCAACCUUGGGAAGCUGAUUUUGAAGGAGGAGAUGGAGAAGUCUCUCCCCAUCCGGAGGAAAACCCGCUCGCUCCCAGACCGAACACCCUUCCACACCUCUCUGCACUUGGGGAAUUUCAAGUCCUCCUCCCUUCCUGCCUCCGGGAGAAGCACCCUCACCAGGCUGCAGUCUGCCGAAUUCAGCCCAGUGGGCAGUGAGAGGGGGAGCCCAGGCCUGCAGAAUGGCCAGAGGGGGAGGAUGGACAGAGGGAACUCCCUGCCCAGCAUGCUGGAGCAAAAGAUUUACCCCUACGAAAUGCUGAUGGUGACAAACAGGGGCCGUGUGAAGCUGCCCCCAGGAGUGGACAGAACCAGGCUCGAGAGGCACCUGUCCCCCGAGGAUUUCCUGCGUGUCUUCGAGAUGUCCCCCGAGGAGUUUGGGAAGCUGGCGCUGUGGAAGCGGAACGAGCUGAAGAAGAAAGCUUUCCUGUUCUGAGCCCGGGCCCGGGCCCGGCCCCUCCUAGCUGUGAUCUCCGUUAGUGUCACACACAAUCCGCAUCGCAGCCGCUUUAGGGCUCUCGAGCCGGUUUUAACUAACAAACACCUCCCUCCCCUCCCGGGAGAGCACUGAUCCUCCGCUCCCCCGGCUCCGGGGGCUGGGGGAUCUGUGGCCCUGCACCCCUCCACUCUGCACCCCUCACUGGUAUCACUCGCUAAUGCCUGAUGGUCUGGCUGACUGGGGUCCCAUCUCUUGGGGGCUCAGCCCAUGGCUGCUCUUAGUGGAGCAGGGGGCUGGGGGAUCUAAGCAAGGCAGGAGGAGCAAAACCCCCAACCCCAAAAGGGCUCGCUCGGCAGGACAGCACUGAACCGGGUGCAGGGGCGAUCUGGAGGGGAGCAGCGGUGGGCUUGUUGCUGUGCCCUCUUGGGCUGUGGUGGGACGACGGGGGCUGUGGCAGCCUCUCGCGGCACAGCAAUUGAGAUAGGAUAGGGGUGCCCAGGUGUUGCGGGGCUCCAGGCAUUGCCACAGCUGCGUGUCCCCAAGCUGCUCAGCAGUGAGGGUGUCACCCGUGUCACCCCUGCUGUCUCGGUCAGAGCCAGCCCAUGGGACAGCAUCUCCCUGCUUGUCCAUCCAUCUGUCUGACUGUCCCCUCCACCCCCUGCAGCCUGCUCCCCGGGGCUCUGCUCGUCAGCCCCUAGUCCUUGUCCCAUCGCUGGGCGAGCUCCCCCAUGCCAGCCUCCCCUGGGUAGCGUGACCAAAGCUUUUAGCUCACCUGGCCCCGACUCUGAGUGUGAGAGGGCCUGGCCCUCGCCAGCUAUGGACUUUGCUGCAGACCCUGUGCUCAGCCCCACACCAAGCCAAGCUGCUGCCCUGCUGUGCACAGGAGUUUGCCUGGGCAAAGGAUAAGCACGGGCUUGGGGUGCAGGCCACGGGCAGGCUCAGCCUGGGCAACUCUCUGUGCCAUCCCUGGCAGCUGCCUUGCUCUGUGCCCCUCCAGCUCCCCAGGGACAAGUUCCUCCUGAAGACCCCUUGCAGAGGGGUCCACACAACCAAUACACUGCCACAAGCCGCAGG